AAUGACUGAGGAAAGAAAAGCCUUUGAAAAACAAUUAUAUCCUCUUUAUCACUUUUAUCAUAAGCACAAAGAUGCAAUCUAGCUUAAGGAUGCCAAUUUCAAAUAUCAGAAGAAGAUAUAAAUCUUUAAGGGAGAAGAUUUCAUUAAAUUCACUACAACCUAUUUUGAGGAUAUUAAAAAUUUACUUCCUGAUAAGAAAAAAGAUGCCAUAUCCAUAGCAAAAUAUCUCAAUGAAAAUCGCAUAAUUGUUAAAAUUGACAGACUAGCAGAUGACCCAAAAAAGAAAUGGCCUAGAAAGGUCUUUGACACAAAGGUUAAUUUAUAUAGUCAUAUUCAAAGGACUAAACCUUUACUAAUGAUGGAUUUUAUACUUGGAAUUUGGUUGUAAAGAGCAAAAUGAACAAUCUCAUAAUGGCAGGCAUUCUACUAUUAGUAUUUGUUGCAUUCCUCUAUCCAAUUUGGCCAUUUGCAUUUAAAUAUGGUGUCUUUAAAGUUACAUUAUACCUUCUAGUAUUUCUGGUUGCUCUACAAGUAAUAAGAUUGAUUGUUUAUAUAAUCUCAAGAUUAUUGGGUUAUGCUUUUUGGAUUCUCCCUAACUUAAAUAAUGAUGUAAUUUUUCAUAUUAAGAAUUCUAGUCAUAUGGAAUCUUCGGAUCAUUCAAACCUCUAUAUUCAAAUUACAAAUACACAGAUGGAAAGUUAGAAAUUUCUUUUAGAUUAAUUGGUAUAAUUGCAUUUAUUUUCCUAAUAUACAUUAUUGUUCAAGAACCUUCAUAUAUAACAGGAUUUUAGGAAGCAAGUGAAUAAACUAUAGAUGACAUUCUUGAAUGGGGUAAAGAUAAAUUAGAGGGCAAAUAAGUAUAAUAAAAUAUGAAAUUUAGGAACCAUUACAUAAAAGAGCUAUACCAGAUCUGAGUGAAUUGAUGAAACAAGCAGAAGAAGAUCUUGUUAAUCAUUAAAAAAAUAAUAUUUAGGAAGGUUAAGAUCAACAAUAACAAAAUAUUGAUUAUAAUUAUGAUGACAAUUUAGAUGAUGUCAAUAAUCAUACCUAGGAUAAUGAUCUUCAAUAGAAUGAAUCAUAAACUGAUUUGUGA